AUGAUGUACAAUUACUUGGGUAACAGUGGACUUAGAGUAUCUGAAAUAGGUUUAGGAACAAUGAAGUUUGGUGAAGCCAAGGAUGGACAUUACCCUGGCAACACCACUGAAGAGAUGUCACACACGUUAAUGGAUAGAUUUGUUGAUUUAGGAGGCAACUUUAUUGACACAGCCGAUGUAUACCAGGCUGGGUUGGCAGAACAACAUGUUGGUAGCUGGCUUCACAAGCGACAGAAUCGCGAGAAUAUGGUAAUCGCAUCAAAAGUUCGUUUCAACAUGGAUGGCGGCAAUGCCAAUGGCAGCGGUUUGAGUAGAAAACAUAUUAUAUGGAAUGUUGAAGAAAGUUUAAAAAGAUUACAAACUGAUUAUAUUGAUCUUUAUCAGAUACAUUGUUGGGACAAAGCAACGCCCCUCCAAGAAACUUUGCGUACUUUGGACGAUUUGGUGAAAUGUGGUAAAGUUCGAUACAUUGGAGCUAGCAACGUGAAGGGAUGGCAACUACAACAAAUAGUAUGCGAGUCUCGGUAUAUGGGUCUUAACCCAUGGAUCGGCUUACAGGCUCAAUACAGUUUACUCUGCCGUGGUAUUGAAUUAGAACUUGUUGAUGUAUGCAAGAAUGAGGGACUAGGAAUAAUUCCAUGGAGCCCACUUAAAGGAGGGUGGUUAUCAGGAAAGAUUCAUCGUGAUGUACAACCACCUGAGGGCAGUAGGAUAGCUUACGUGGAAGGUGACCGUGCUAAGCGUGAAAAUUCCUGUCACUUCAGCUACACGAAGUUCUCGGAAAAUGAACAAGUUUGGAAGUUAUUGGAAAUUAUGAGAACAAUUGCCACCAAGCAUGGGAAGUCUGUAGCGCAAGUUGCUAUUCGUUGGUUGUUACAAAAAGACACUGUCCCUUCAGUCAUAAUUGGAGUAAAGACUUUACAACAGUUGAAUGAUAAUAUGGGUGCUGUGGGAUGGAGUCUCACUGAUGAUGAGGUAGAAGAACUGGAAAAUGCCAGUAAGAUUGAAGACAUGCCUCAUCCAUAUGAGCUUAAUGUUAUGGACAGGAUAAGAACAAACUUAUGUAAAUAA